AUGGAUUUCAGCAAGGUGCAAGCCCAACUGUUGACCCGUUUCGAACAGCAAUUCAAGCUUCCUCGCUCCUACAUCGUCCUGGGUGGCGCUGGCUUCUACUUGCUGCUGGUGUUCCUCAACUUCGGCGGGAUCGGGCAAUUGCUUUCCAACUUGGCCGGAUUCGCGUAUCCUGGCUACUUGUCCCUCAAGGCACUCAAGACCUCCAGCUCCAAGGACGACACCAGACUGCUGACGUACUGGGUUGUGUUUGCUGCCCUGAACGUUGUGGAGUUCUGGUCCAAGGCCAUUCUGUACUGGGUGCCAUCUUACUUCCUGAUCAAGACUUUCUUCCUGCUGUACCUGUCGCUUCCGCAGUACAACGGUGCAGAGGUUAUUUACCGCAAGGUUCUCGCUCCUUUGACCGACCGCUAUGUUGACGGGGGCGCUCCUGCGAACGACCUGCUUAACAAGGUCCAGGAGAAGACCCAGUAA